AUGAAAGAAUGCUGUGCUUUUCUUCUUCUUCUUCUUUUCAUUUGCCCUUUGGGAUUUUAUCUUUACACCAUCGAAUAUGGAACCAAAUUAUCGCCUGAUUUUUACGCCCACUCAUGCCCGCAAGUCGAAGACAUUGUGAUUGAUGUUCUCGCAACAACUAUUGCUACAGAGACACGAAUGGCUGCUUCCUUGAUGAGACUUCAUUAUCAUGACUGUUUUGAAGGUAACUAUGAUAUGCAGGGUUGUGAUGGAUCAUUGCUUCUUGACAGCAUUGGCGGAAUAGUGAGUGAGAAAAAUUCGGUUUUCAAUAGCCAAUCGGUUCGUGGCUUCGAGGUUAUUGACCAGAUCAAAGCCCAACUUGAGAAAGAAUGCCCGGGAACGGUCUCUUGCGCUGAUGUUCUCACCCUAGCCGCUAGAGACUCCUCUGUUCUUAGCGGAGGUCCAAGCUGGGUCGUCCCAUUAGGAAGAAGAGAUUCGAUCAAUGCAAGCUUGAGUGGUUCGAACAGCAACAUCCCUGCAUCAAACGACAGUUUCAAGGCAAUUCUGAGAAAAUUCAACCGUCACGGACUAGAUGUCACUGAUCUUGUUGCUCUUUCCGGGAGUCACACCAUUGGCUUCUCCAGAUGCACGAGUUUCAGACAGAGGCUGUACAAUCAAUCCGGUGACGGUCGUCCAGACAUUACACUAGAAGAAUCCUUCGCUGCUAACUUGCGGAAAAGCUGCCCAAUAGCUGGAGGAGAGGAGAACCUCUCGGUGCUGGACAUGGUUACUGCGGCAAAGUUCGAUAACAACUACUUCAUUAACUUGAUAAAGAAUAUGGGCUUGUUGUACUCGGACCAGAUUUUAUUCAGCGGUAAUGAUAUAUCGAGAGGGCUUGUAAUAACGUAUGCACAGGAUCAAGAAGUUUUUUUUCUCCAGUUUGCAGAGUCUAUGAUCAAGAUGGGGAAUAUCUCUCCGUUGAUGGGUUCGAAUGGCGAGAUCAGGAAGAACUGCCGGAAGAUAAACUCUUGAAUGGGUGAUAUGUGCAACAAAUGGGGUUUUUUUUUUAAGUUGGGUGACGGACGGGUUUGUUGUUUUUUUUUUUUUGGUGUGAUGUUUUAAGUUGUUUUAAAUUCAGUAAUUUGAUGUUUUAAGUUGUGUGAUUCUGGUGUGUACAAAAGAAGACUAUUGUGAUUCUGGUUUUUUUUUGUCAUCAAAGUAGUAAAAAUUGU